AUGGAUGCAAGCAAGGAAGGAGGCCUUCUAACAAGGUUUGCCAGGAUGCGUAAGAAGCCGCAGCAACCUCUAACAGAUUUAACAGAACUCUACAGUCAAAUAGCCAACGAGUCAAUCUAUUACCUGAAGCUGGAGGAAAAGCAUGAAUACAAGAAGGCAGUUCUAGGCUGGAAAGCGCUAAAUACCCAUGUUCUCUACGAGCUAACUCAGAUAGAGUAUCACUACCCAAACACAGGCGCAUAUACAAGAGAUGAAAUCAGCAUACAAAACGGGGUACGGGAACUGUACCAUCGAAGUCUCAGCCACCUCGAAAGGGUUUCGAAGCUUUGCCAAGAAGACGAGAAAAGCCAUGAGCAUUAUAAGCCACAUAGCUCCUCGUUACCAGGACGUCCCCGUCCUCCAACAGCCAACUCUAGGUCGAUGCUGAAGACCCUGAGAGAGCCCGGCCGACUGAAGUACAACAGAAACCAUCCAUCCUCAGCACCAAACAUUACCUCACCAACUAGCAGAAGCAAUAGCAAUGUCAACUUUACGACAUCAAAACCGUUGGGGCACGACAAUGUGUUUCAAGGAUUUGACGAAGAUCACAAUUUGAUAGAAUUCUCUGACGACGAGCCUGCUGCCAAGCUGGAGGAAGACGCCAAAAGCGACACCAAAAGUGAUAUUACUUUUGACUUUGAUGUCCACGACUACUUCGAUGACUACCUCGACAUGGACCAAGAAGAGCUCAAGAGGCUCGAGACGCUCAAUAAUCUGGAAGGAGUUCAAAAGAGCGUCGGUAACAUGAGUAUAGAGUCCAGUGCCUUGGAUCCCAAAAUCAAAGAGAAGCCAUCAGUUACAAAGUCUGCUCAGACAUCAGCGACCGUUCCCAAAGAGAAAGUUAUGCAUAAAACAACAAAGAAAAUUGUACCGAAAGCUGCACCAAAGGCUGCCUCAAGACCAGGUGUUUCUACGCAAACAACAAGAAGUCGUGUCCCUGCCGCUAAACCCAAGACUCGCCCGACGGUCAAGGCGGCCCAAUCAACGCCUGUACUGCGCAGCAGAGUUGCCUCUCCUCCUCCCAAAUCAUCUGCUCUCAUAAACAAAAGAGUGGUUAGGAAGAACACACCCGCGGCGGCCAAAACUUCCGAGUCCCUGCCUUCGAGAACCCCAGGGAAACCGCCACCGUCAAAGAAGGGCGGCACAGUAGCUGCCAAGAAUGCAUCAAAUGGCACGAAGAAACAGCCCGCAAAAACAGCAACACCGACUAGUUCCAUUAAUUCGAACAGUAGCGCUUCGCGCAAGCGGUUACUAAAGUCACCGACACCCCCUCCUGUUGCUCCUACAGAGUCUGCCCCCAAAGAGUCCGAAGUUUCGCCCGAUGAUGAGAAAAUUUUGAAGGAGGCACUGGAAGAUGAGUUAAUCGAUCAGAUGAGGGGGAUUGACAAAACAGCUGCGAAGCAAAUCUUUUCAGAAAUUGUUGUGCAUGGGGACGAAGUGCAUUGGGAUGACAUCGCUGGCCUUGAAAGCGCCAAAAGUUCGCUGAAGGAGGCUGUCGUGUACCCGUUCUUGAGGCCGGACUUGUUCCGUGGCUUGCGUGAGCCCGUAAGAGGUAUGCUGUUGUUUGGGCCACCCGGGACAGGCAAAACAAUGCUUGCGAGAGCGGUAGCUACCGAAUCCAAUUCAACAUUUUUUUCCAUCAGUGCGUCUAGUUUGACGUCGAAAUACCUGGGAGAAAGCGAAAAGCUAGUUCGCGCGCUGUUUGCUAUUGCUAAAAAGCUGUCGCCCUCUAUAGUGUUCGUUGACGAGAUUGACUCGAUCAUGGGGAGCAGGAACAACGAUGGCGAAAACGAGUCAAGUCGCAGAAUCAAAAACGAGUUUUUGAUCCAAUGGUCUUCGCUCUCGAACGCGGCCGCCGGCAACAAAGAGGGAUCUGAGGAUGAGGAAGACGAGCGCGUUUUAGUGCUGGCCGCCACUAACCUCCCUUGGAGUAUAGAUGAGGCCGCGAGGAGAAGAUUUGUGCGAAGACAGUACAUUCCCUUGCCUGAGCCGGAGACCAGGAAAAAGCAGAUGAAUAAAUUGCUGGCGCACCAGACCCACACCCUGACCGAGGAAGACUUCGAAGAACUUUUGGCGCUAACAGACGGGUACUCGGGAAGUGAUAUCACAUCGCUGGCCAAGGAUGCCGCAAUGGGUCCGCUCCGGGAACUGGGAGAUCAGCUGCUCUUUACUCCACGUGAUCAAAUCAGGCCUAUCACACUACAGGACGUCAAAAACAGUUUAGAGUACAUCAAACCCUCAGUAUCCAAAGAGGGCCUUACGGAGUAUGAGGAUUGGGCCAAGAAAUUUGGCUCUUCAGGUGCAUGA